AUGGGCUGUACAAAAAGCCGACCUCACGAUGUCAUUGUUCCUGUCCGCGCAGGAUUAUCAAAUCCUAAACUCGAAGAUAAAAGACAUAAAGAUGAAACUCUAGCAGAAAAUUCAUUUAAAUCCCCUACAAACGCUGAGAAUAUUCAAAAUGAAAAAAAAAUAUUUAGCGAUGGUGAAAGUUUUACCGAUAUUUAUGAUACUUUUGAUAUAAUAGCUACAUUUCCUUAUGCAGAAUAUAGAAAAUGUGUCCAUAAGCACACCGGCCUGAUUAGGUCUGUUAAAAUCGUCCCAAUUCCAAAAGGCAACAAAAGCUAUGUUGAUGAAAAAAGCUUAAAGCGCGAAGUAAAAGCGUUAUCCAAGCUAGACCAUCCCAAUAUACUGAAAACCUAUGAUAUUUUAGCUGACGACAAUAAAUUUUAUAUUGUCAUGGAAUACUGGGAUGGCGGACUUUUACUUGACAAAUUACAAGAACGAAAAUUUUUAACUGAAGCCCAGGUUAGCUCUAUUGUAGAGCAAUUGCUUUCUGCUGUUGCAUAUGCUCAUAGCCAUAAAGUGCUGCAUAGAGACCUUUCUCCAAACUCAAUUUGCCUUAUGAACAAAGGAAACGAUUUAAUAAUAAAAAUCAUAGAUUUCGGGGUUUCAGCCUUUGUGGACUUAAAUUUGCAGUAUCAGGGAAAGCUUGGAAAUUCAUUUUUUAUAGCACCAGAAGUGUCUGAUGAUUUUUAUAACGAAAAAUGUGAUAUUUGAAGCAGAGGUGAAUAAUGCAUUAAAAUGACGUCAUAAUUCAACCCACCCUCUUGCUCCCUGUAGUUGGCGUCCACAAGGUGCAGAGACCUUGAUGAAGGAGACUGGAGUUCGGAAUUUGCAUCCGGCUAGGUUUUUCUGGUUUGCUAAAGCUCAAUAUCAGGUGGCCAACCGUAGGCUUUACUCCAAUGCAAAGCUUUUACCUCAGAGGAGACGGGCCAGGAAGUGCAAAAGGGUUUCCCAGCGGUAUCAAUGUGGUUAGUCUCGACCAAUCGGAACUAUUCCAAGCGUGAAACCAGAAAUGCGCCCUGGGCUACAGAUUUCCCCUUUAGCUGAGAGUCGACCGAAAAUUUGACCCUUUUGAAUUUUCAAUGGUGGACUGCUGACAUGCAGCACGGUGACCCAAACUUUCCGACUACCAGGAAGCAUGUGCAGGCCCAUAUCCGGUAAGAGUAAGAUUUGAAGGUCGUAAGACGAUUAUCGGCGAAGUUGAUGAGUGGAGCCAUAUGGAAAGGAAUAAGAAUCUCCGGAUCCCAACAGGGAGCUUUUCCAUAAUCUAAGUUAAUGUUAAAGAAGCAUAGGCUGCAUCAUGCAUUUACUGCUUGUUGGAAAGCCUCCAUUUGGUAACAACACAGAAAAAGAGCUGAAAUUAAGUGUUAAACAAAAUUCCUUAGACAUCUCCUCGUUAGAGAAUUUAACUAUAUCUGAAGAAGCCAUAAUUUUACUUAAAAACCUCCUAAAUAAAGAUUUUACAACAAGAAUAAGUGCUAUAGAAGCCUUGCAAAGCUCUUGAAUAAAAAAACCCAAAGAAAAUUCCAAAGUAAACUCGGCUGCUAUACAAAAGUCUAUGGAAAAUUUAAUCUCUUAUCACUGUUCAUCAAAGCUAAAAGAUGGGAUCCAGACUUUUAUUGCUUCUCAAAUAAUGACCCAUGAAGAUACAGAAAACCUAUUAAAGUCUUUUAAAAAUAUUGAUAAAAACAGUGAUGGAAAAAUAAGCAGCCCAGAGCUUUGUAGAUUUUAUUCUACAGUAAUGGGAGAUGGAAUUGGAAGAGAAAUUGCUAAAGAUGUCAUAAAAAAGUGCAUGAUUUUUGCUCUGUACUUUUUGACAGCAAGACUCUAAAUUUUUACAGUAUUUUUUGCUAACAAAAGUCGCACUGUCAUAAAAUUUCGGUAAAAUCUGCUUUGUAUCUAUAUGGCUGUAAAAAUUUACAGAGCAAAUAUCAUUCAGCCCAUAAAAAAUGUAGAUACUGAUAGAGAUGGCUAUCUGGAGUAUACUGAAUUUAUAAGGGCAAGUGCUGAAAGGAGGAUUUUACUAUCCAAACAAAAUCUAGAAGCUACAUUCACAAUGCUCGAUAGAGACGCCAGCGGUAAAAUUUCUGUAUCUGAGCUCCAAGAAAUUCUUGAAGACACGAUCCUUAUCCAAAAUCAAGCAUGACAAGAAAUUAUUAAAGAAGCCGACCAAAAUCUUGAUGGCGAAAUCGACAUAAAAGAGUUUUACACCCUACUAAUCAAUAAAUUUUAA